GCGAGCGACCGGCGCGAGCGUUAGCCGGCGGACCGGUCAGAAACGUUUCCCGAAAAAAAAGAGUCCCCCGCUUAGUACCACUCUCUAACCUUACGCAGGCCGCCUUCAUCGUCUUCCUCGGAACGCCGCCGCCGAAGUGCGCCUCGAGUAAUUCCAGAGGGAGGAGGAGCCAAGUGUUGAUCGGAGAUGAAUGCCCCUGACCGCUAUGAGCGCUUCGUCGUGCCAGAGGGCACGAAGAAGGUAUCAUUUGAAAAGGAUACAAAGAUCAUGAAUGCUGCAUCUUUCACUAUUGAACGUGAGGACCACACCAUCGGCAACAUCCUCCGCAUGCAGCUGCACAGGGACCCAAAUGUUCACUUUGCUGGCUAUAAGCUCCCUCAUCCCCUUCAGUACAAGAUCAUUGUUAGGAUCCAUACUGCAAGCCAAUCCUCCCCAACUCAGGCAUAUACCCAGGCAAUCAAUGAUCUAGACAAGGAGCUUGAGAACCUGAAGCAAGCUUUUGAGGAUGAGAAGACCCGAUUCGAGGAAAGGAUGAAGCAGGGCUACUAGGCCAAGGGUGUUCUGGAUGCUGACGUGAAACCUUCCAUGCUACUCCCUCCGUUCCAAAAUAGAUGACGCAACUUUAUACUAACUUUAGUACAAAGUUAAUACAAAGUUGAGUCAUCUAUUUUGGAACGGAGGGAGUGGUAGUUAUAUCGAACUGCGGUAGAAAAAAAAUUACUCAAGGAUUUUAGAUGGUCCUCUGAACUCGUAGAACCUCUUCAUGUGCGGAUUGCGUAUGAUUGCACGGAUGUUAAACAUGUGUUGGCACUUGAUAA